AGGAAAUAAAAGGCGCCGACGUGACCGUUAAAGGAAGCUGAAGCCAGAAGUCCCAAGCGACGAAACCAAAUGGCCUGUGAAUCAGAGGAUCAGAACCCUAGAUUCUUCGUGGCGGUUCAUGUUGGAGCGGGAUAUCACGCGCCAUCCAAUGAAAAAGUUCUGAGGUCCGCCAUGAAGCGCGCUUGUCUCGCUGCUGCUUCUAUUCUUCGCAAGGGUCCUGGUGGAUGUAUAGAUGCUGUUACGGCCGCCAUUCAAAUGUUGGAGGAUGACCCAAGCACAAAUGCAGGCCAGGGUUCUAAUUUGACGGAAGAUGGUCAUGUGGAAUGUGAUGCUAGUAUUAUGGAUGGUGAUUCUGGUGCAUUUGGAGCUGUUGGAGCUGUUCCAGGUGUCCGAAAUGCCAUCCAUAUUGCUGCAUUAUUGGCCAAGGAGCAAAUGAUGGGGUCUUCACUGUUGGGUCGAAUACCUCCUAUGUUCUUGGUUGGUGAAGGUGCACGUGUAUGGGGGAAGUCCAAAGGCAUUGAUUUGCCAGAAAUUGUGGAGGCAGAAAAGUGGCUAGUGACAGCAAGGGCAAAAGAACAAUGGACAAAGUACAAAAGAAUGCUUGCUAAUGCCAAUGCUAAGAUUUAUUCUGAUGAUAGACUUUGUUGUAGUGCUCAAGAGACCUCAAAAAUCUCAGAAUUAGAAUUUCAAUCUCAUGAACCUUCAGAAGGGAAUGAUGGUGGGCAAUCGUCUAUGCCAAGCACCAUGGAAGAGGACUGUAUCAUGGACACAGUUGGAGUUAUCUGUGUUGACACUGAAGGACACAUAGCUUCUGGGGCCUCUAGUGGUGGUAUAGCAAUGAAGAUAGGUGGGCGAGUGGGGCUGGCAGCAAUGCAUGGUUGUGGUUGCUGGGCUUCUUCAAGGGGUCCUUUUGGAGUUCCAUUCAUAGUUGGCUGCUGUGCUUCUGGUGCUGGUGAAUACCUAAUGAAAGGAUUCGCUGCUAGGGAGUGCUGUGUUUCGGCAUCAAUUUCCCAGGCUGGUCCUGCCUCUGCUAGUAUGAAAGUAUUACGGUCUGUAAUUCUGGAUGACAAUCGAAAUACUACUGAAAAAAGUGCUGGGAUUUUACUUGUGCAAGCCGAUGCCCCUAUGAUGGCUCCAGGAAACUCACCGAGUCUGAAAGCAAUAGAAAUUGCAGCAGCUUUUUCCUCGUUGUCUUUUGGGAUAGGAUAUCAUGGAAGUUCUAUGAAACGGCCCAAGGUUUCUGUUCUUCGCAGUACGAAACAGCAAAGAAAAACUGGAAUAGACCAUUUUGAAGCACGAGUUGAUCUUUCGGCCAAAAAUUUAUUGUGACUGGAAUUUUUAUCACUCUGAUUCUAGACUUUCAGAUUCUUUAGGAAGUAAAAGAAAAUACAAUCAGUGGCUGUUUUUGGUAUUGAUGAAGUGUGUGCUCAACUUGCAUGUAUCUUUUUCAAUAGAUAGAUGGAAGUCCAAGCAGAUUGAAGAGGUGAUUAAUUGAUGUUGAAAUGAUAUAAACGUGAACAGUAAUCAUCAAAGAUUUAACCUUUUUUUUUUUUAA